UUCAUGCUCUAAUAUGGUAAACACAGCAGACAAUCUAUACAACAACAACCUUACAUUAGGCAGUUACUCAAGUGGCAAGGAAAAUCUGCCUCCCAAAAGGCUUGUACGCCCAAGCAAGUAUCAAUGCUCACCUUUCGAUAACGAUCUGAGAGGCCCUCUCACGCCACUUGAGAAGCAGCUACACAGCAACAUUGUGGUACUAAGCAAAAUUGAACCUGAUAGAAGGGCGGUGUUGGUCGAUAAAACCAGUCUAUCCCUUGGACAACUCGGCAAUUCAUUCGACACCAACGGACAUGUGGAAGCUUAUGUUUUCAAUGUUUUCAAUGUUUUCAAUAUCUAUUAAAAACAACAUGAAACAUGAUGGCGAGUCACCCUUUCACAUGGAGGUAAAAGAUUUGAUGAUAAACAAUUUUAUCAAAACAUGGGAAGAGUCGAGACUCGGGAGAAUGGGGUUCAGAAAUUUUGGUAUAGAAUACCCAAACAUGCCUAAGCAAAUUGGAAGAGAUGCUUGCGGGAUUUUUGUGCUCAAGUGGAUGCAAACUUUUGCUUCGCGGAAUCCUCUCCAGCCCCAAUUCAGGAUGAAGGACGUGGCAGAUGCAAGGGUCAGAUUUGCUGUUGAUAUCCUCUUCAGCAAUCAUAACACUGAUGAUGAAGCCAAAAGACUUGUCAAGUACUUUCGUUAAUAAAUUGGUAUUUUACAGCAACAAAUUUAUUC